UGUCUGUUUAGGAAGCAUUUCACAUCCUAGUAUUUGUGCGGGCGGUCGGGUUAAAUGGUUUAAGGGAAGCACGCGCCCUUCCUCACGGGGAAUAUGAGCGGAUCUGGACUCGCUCUGCUCUUGUCUACUGGCAGAUGCUAUGAAUAAAGAUUAGAGAUUUGAAUCUCCUCACUCACAGCUGGAAACGGAGGCGACGACGACGAGUAGGAAAACACAAACAAAAAUGGAGGCUGGCGGCAGGGUUUGCGUGUCAACCGGCCAAAAAUGAUCUGCCUGUCCAAACGGACAGACUCCGUAGCCUUUUCACUGUCGGUCCUCUGUAUUUUCAGCCCUUUACCAGUGCAUUCGAAGCCAAAGACACUGGCAUGGAACCUGCCCUUUCCCCCGAGGAGCCCAGUGAGCAGAAGAGGGUGCACAUCCGAGGGUCCGAGUUGGUAGAAAACUACACGGUUUACAUUAUAGAAGUAGAGGUUGGCAAACAUCGGUGGACAGUCAAACACCGAUACAGUGAUUUUCAUGAUCUACAUGAAAAGCUCACAGUUGAAAGAAAGAUAGACAAAAAUCUUCUACCACCAAAGAAAAUUAUUGGCAAAAAUUCCAAAAGUCUGGUUGAAAAACGAGAAAAAGAACUUGAAGUUUAUCUCCAGACCUUAUUGGCUAAAUUUCCAUUGGCUGCACCUAAAGUCUUAUCAUAUUUUCUACAUUUCCAUCUGUAUGAAAUCAAUGGGAUUACAGCUGCACUUGCAGAAGAGCUUUUUCAUAAAGGAGAGCAGUUGCUGGCUGCAGGGGAGGUAUUCUGCCUCAGGCCCCUUCAGUUGUAUGCCAUUGCUCAGCAGUUACGUCUGGCCAAGCCAACUUGUGCAAAUGGUGAUGCAAGAGCUGACUUGGGGCACAUACUGGAUUUUACAUGCAGGUUGAAGUAUUUAAAGAUUAGUGGAACCCAAGGCUCACUGGGCAGCAGCAAUAUUAAUGAACUUCAGCUUCCUUUUGAUUUAUCAAUAUUUAAGUCUCUUCUUCACAUAGAGAUAAAUCAGUGUGAUGGAAAGCAAAUACAAGGACUCCCUUACUUAAAACCGACUCUGGCAACAAUGAGUGUGCAUCAUACUACAUCUUCUAUGAAGGAUAUACUUGUUCCAGAAGCAUUUGAUUUUGAGAAAUGGGAGCCUGAAGGUGUGAACUCAGACAGCCAGGUGUUGGCCAUUAUACCAACUUGGAAAACAUUAACUACGCUGGACAUGAGUCAUAAUUUUAUAUCCUCAAUUGACGAGUCAGUGAAACUGAUUCCUAAAGUUGAGUUCUUGGAUUUGAGUCAUAAUGGGCUGUCCCGUGUGGAAAACUUACAACAUUUAUACAACUUGAUUCAUUUGGACCUGUCCUAUAACAAGCUCUCAUUAUUGGAAUCCUUGCACACCAAACUUGGCAAUAUCAAAACACUCAAUCUUUCAGGCAACCUUUUAGAAAGCUUGUCUGGUCUAAAUAAACUUUACUCUCUUGUUAACUUGGAUUUAACGCACAAUAAACUGGCACAGUUGGAAGAAAUUAAGAACAUUGGCAGCUUACCUUGUUUAGAGAAGUUGUCUCUGUCUAGCAACCCUUUGAGUAUCAUUCCUGAUUACAGAACCAAAGUGCUAGCACAGUUUUGGGACCGUGCAUCAGAGGUUUGCUUGGAUGGCAUUGCUACAACAGAGAAAGAGCUUGACACAGUUGAAGUGCUGAAAGCCAUUCAGAAAGCCAAAGAAGCUAAAGAUCGAAUGAACAAUGCAGACAAGAAGAUCAGUGAGGACACCAGGCCUCCUCCUGCCAGUCUCAAAGCCAGCUGUUCCUCCUCUCUUCCUGCUCGGCCUUCCUCUCCUUCUCUGUCCCAACAUGCCAGCUCCAGCCAAGAAGUAACAUAUAGAAAUGCAGCUCAGCCCCGCAUUGACAAAUCGACUCCUAUGGAUUCAACAAUUACCCAGAGAUGCUCCAAUAUUGUAGCAGCUUCCUGUGAAGAUACACAGCAGAUUAUAAAUUCAUCCAGUUUGAUCUCUCAGAACAAGAGUUGCUGCUACUGUUGCACAGAGGCAAAACACAGGAACUGGGCCGAUAUGAACAUGACCAUAGUGCUUCCUUUCUCUUGUGUUUCUUGCACUGAGACUAAUGUUGACUUCACUACUCAUUUAUCAGCUUUGGUCAGCAGGGCCACAAAAGCACAACAAAGCACAUCCAAAAGUGAUAAGCACACAGAACCAGUGAAAGAAAGUAGACACCCACCAUUAGGUGAUGGCUAUUUUGAAAUGACAUUGGACGAGGAGGUAAAAAAUCCCACUUUCACUCUUGCUUCUGAGGUCCAGGUGGAAAAUCCCUCAGGGAGAGACCAGCAUCAUAUCAACAAGAUGUUUUGGAUUUUCUGCAUUCAGGUUGAUAAAGACCAUAAGCAGUUUGUAACUUGUGUUGUGUUUUUGGAUAACUUACUAGCCAUCUUUCAAGUCCCUCAAACGGACCUCACAGGACACAUCCAGAGAGCCUGUGUUGAUAUGGAAGCCAUACUUACAGUUCCCUAUUCAGAUAUAGAGGGAUUUGGUUUUGACAUUCCAGAAGUAUGUAUCUCCUUAAAGUUGAAAGCAUGUGAAACACGCUGGUUUUUUCUUACUGACUCACAGAAUUCAGCAGAACUUUUCUCUUAUUUGACGAGGUUUGCAUCAACAGCAAAUAAAUGUAGUCUUUUUCCAGAUUAUAUGGGUCCCAAAUUGCAAGACUUGAUCAAUCAGCUCCUUGAGGUGAAUCAGCUGACUGACAACAGCUCAAGUGUUAAAGCAGUCUUUGUAGCUUAUCUUCUGAAUACUGAGGAGCUCAACAGUUGUACUAAGCAAGCUACAUGUAUAUCUAAUGUCUCUUCAAGCCCAGGAAAAGAAACAUCUUUUUCAAACAUUUUUUCUCUCUUAUUGCAGUCCAAUACACAGAAACAAUUUUUGUAUGUUCCCUGCCUGCUUAUACUGACACUUAAUUACUUUUAUGUCAUUAGAGUGGAUUUUGUGGCCCUGGCAAAUAAAACCUCUGCAAUUAACAAGACCAACUGCUGGAAAUUUACCCAGAUUCCUCUGGCUUCGAUUCUACAGUCACCCAAACAAGAAUGUAGCUCACGUCCAUCUUCUCCACCGUGCACCGGAGCAUUCAGAGAUCGCUAUGUUGUUGAACUCAUGACUGGCUACAAGUUUGUCACUGCUGUCUUCCUCCUUCCUCAAGACAAAUUUCUUUUUCUAAGACUCUUCAGUCAGCUCAGAGCCAGCUUGCAGGAUGUAAAGACAAUAGCAUUCUCCACAACGAGAAAAUGCCACAGACCAAUAAAGAACUAUACUCUAGCUUCUGUGAUGACUCAAAGAACCCCUGAUAGCAGCCCUCAGGGUUUUUCCAGGCCACAUUUAACCCUUUCAUUGCUGUACCCCUCUGAUCCCUUGAUACAGAAACUUACUGAAGAGAAUCAUUGUCCAUUUCAUCUCCAGGUGUCCCCAUCUCUUGAUUUCCUGACAGGUCUGAAAGGAGUUGAAUUGGUUGAGUUCUUCUAUAGCAGUAUUGCAGAGGUUGAGAAUGAAGAGUUAAGGCACCUGAUAUGGUCUGCAGUGGUGUUUUAUAAAUACCCUGAUGUUGAAAUGACUGCCUGCAUCAUGCUAUCCACAAAAGCUGUAUAUUUUAUCCUGGCUGAUUCUGCAGCUGAACUCAACGAUCAAACUUUAGUUUGGAACAGUGUAGCUGAUGGAGAGAAACAAGAUUUUCACCUAUCAUAUUGCCUUGUAAUAAAGCUGAAUGAGCUCCAGUCAGUCAGUGUUGGCCUUUUUGACCAGUACUUCAGGAUUACAGGAACCUCAGCAGGUCAUAUCAUUUCCUGUUUGUCCAGAGACAGCUAUGCUACACAUUUGUUUAUUCAGCAGCUUAUGGCUGUCCUCUCAUUAUUAGAAAAGACCCCAUCCCCUGAGCCGGCUGAGCAAGACUUUUAUACAGAGUUUAGCAAAAAAAGUACAGGUAAAAUGGAAAACUAUGAGCUAGUUCAUUCAAGCAGGGUAAAGUUCAUCUAUCCCAGUGAGGACGAAAUUGGCAACUUGACAUAUAUUGUUGCAGAGAAAACAGGAGAACUGUCCAAUCUUCUGUCCUGUAACAUUCUCCUUUAUGUCCUGGUGUUUCAAGUGUGCCAUUUCAAAAGUACAGCACUCGAAAACCAGCCUGUAUUACACGCCAAAACAUUAAUUCUUACCAGCACUUACAUGUUUCUCUUUGAUGAGGAUUAUGUCAGCUAUCCACUGCCCGACUUUGCAAAGGAGCCUCCGCAAAAAGAAAAAUACCAGCUGACAGACGCCAGAAGGAUUCGAGACCUUGAUCGGGUGUUAAUGGGCUACCAGCCAUAUCCACAGGCACUUACCUUUGUAUUUGAUGAUGUCCAGAGCCCAGAUCUUUUAUGUGGAUUAACAAUGGAUCACUUUGCUGAUGAGCAGAUUAGCAGCAUGAAAGCUGGAAGUGGGAAUGACACAACCAACCAGGAGAUCCAAUGGUGUGUUUUUGUACCAGGUGCGGACAGUCGAGAAAAACUCAUUUCUCUUCUGGCACGGCAAUGGGAGAUCCUUUGCAGCAGAGAACUUCCUGUAGAACUGACUGGCUAAUGAGAAUCAAAGACAGUAAUGAACACCUACCCCUGUCCAAGUUUUGACAGAAAGCAAACACAUGUAUUGUACUUGUAUAUAGUAUCCUUGCACAGAGCAUCCUGGGAAAUUGUGUUUAAAACCAAAGGAGUCUAAAAUGUACAAAUCUUUUCACCUAACAUUCUUGUCUGAAAAUGUAUUGGUAAUAAAUAGGAUCUUUAUUGUUUAAUUGACGUUUUCUUCGGUGACGCAUGCUAUGUGUCCUUGUGAACUUUUUUCUGUAUUUGUAUCAAAUGUGCAAUUAAGAAAUAUGCAAAUUGUGCAAUUUAAUUUGUGGGAGAAAUUAAGUCGGUCUUAUAGACCCUUUUAAACUGUUUAGUUUGUUCGUUUUAAUUCACAUGUACUUGUUUUAGCUUUAAAUGUUUCAUCUGAAUAAGGGUAAGGAGGAAAAUAAACAUGCUAUAUUAAGUAUGCUA